UUUUCAGUACUAGGGAUUGAACCCGAAGUACUUUACCAUUAAGCUACAUCCCCAGCCCUUUGUAUCCUUUUUAUUUUUUAUUUUAAGAUACCUAGGCUGGCUUGGAUCUUGUGAUCCUCCUGUCUUAGGCGUCCUGAGUCAUUGGAAUGGAGACAUGUGCCAUUGUGACUGAACCCAAUGUUCUUUAAAGCUGGCAUUUUUUAGUAUUUCAUUGUGUACCACUGAAUUUAACUUUCUUUUUCUUAAUUCUCCUCUUAAGGCUUUACAGCAGCCAGCUCCUUUUUCUGAUGAAAUUGAAGUUGACUUUAGUAAGCCCUAUGUCAGGGUAACUAUGGAAGAAGCCAGCAAAGGAACACCUUGUUGCCAGAACUACUAACUUCUACCAAUUGAAGGACAGGGUUGCUGAAACCAGUGAAAUCUGUUUUCAAGGUCUAUGUCGGGUUACAGUGUUGUUGUAAAGAUUCCCACAGGAGCAACAAACAUUGAAAUUCUUCAGCACAGCUAUUCUGGAAAACCAGAAGAUGACAAUCACCUCGGUAAACAUUUUUGGUGGCUAUGUAUGGGUAAUUUAUACAACCCUGAUGUACGAUAUUCCUUCCAUGUCCCUGUGGAGGAUACAAGUGACCUGUUCACAUGGGAGCACAUGGACCAUGACAAGACUGUACCAAAAUGUGUCAAGUGUCUUGUUACAUAUGGAAAAGGAUCAAAGCAGCAGCAGGUUUGUUGUCAACUGAAUGAAGAUCACUUGAGUGAUGGCUUUUGUAAUCCAAGUACCAAACCUGAAUCUCUAAGACCCUGUGAGCUUCAUGCACGUGCUGCUUGGAAAGUAGGAUCAUGGAGGUCUUGCACAGCUACCUGUUACCUUGGGUAUCAGAUAUGUGCUGUUAAAUGUGUCAACAAACUCGUUAGUGCAGUAUUAGAUGACAGAGAAUGUCAAGGGGCCAUCGCCCAGGUGAUAGGCAGGACUGUAUGGUUACUCCCUGCCCAUAUAUCCCUAAUAUUGGUGCUACUUCCUUACCAGCUGUUCCCAUGGGAAAAGCAGCACAGUGGAGACAUGGUUCUUGGACCCCAUGCUCCGUGUCUUGUGGAAGAGUUAAUCAAGUCUGCUCCCCCUUGUGGAGAAUGGCAAGCAGGAAAUUGGUCACCUUGUUCAGCAUCCUGUGGCCAUGGAAAAGCAACUCAACAAGUUUUAUGCAUCAACCACCAGCAGCCAAUUGAUGAGAAUUACUGUGCCCUGAAGCUCACCCUUUGGUAGAACAAGAAUAUAACCUGCCACCUGCCCACCCAGAUUCACCCUGUGGAAUCCGCAGUUCGUGUGUGUUUCUGUGUUUUAUCCUGGCCGGUGUUCUCGCAGCCAUGCUGGAGGUCUUCAGUGUGAGGUUGUGGUCUGCCAGGAUGAGAAUGGACAAAAUGCUAGUUACUGUGAUGCACCCUCAAAACCCCGGAGUCAAAACACUGUGAUUGGGGGCCUUGUCCUUGCUGGAGCUAUGGAAACUGGGGAGAAAUACCAUGACAGUGAUAAGCCCUACAAAUCUGAAGAAUGUGGCAGAAUUUUUAAACAAUGAUCACCUCCUGUUAAGCAUCAGAGGAUUCGUGUUGGGGUGAAGCUCUGCAAGUGUAAAGAAUGUGACAAAGCCAUUAACAAUUGCUCAACCCUUUCUAAACAUCUCAGGUGGCAUAGCAGUGACAAUAAAAUAGCUCAUGUGAUACUCAAUACCAGAUACUUUGUACUGGAGACAGAUCCUACAAAUGUACACAAUGUGCCAAAGCCUUAAAGAAUUUUUCAGUCCUUACUCAACACCAGAGUACUCAUGCUGGAAUGAAGAAGUACAACUGUGAAGAAUGUGGCAAAGAUUUUCAUAUAAGAUCAUUGCUUACUGGACGCCAGAGAAUUCGUAGAGGAGAGAGGCCCCACAAAUGUGAAGAAUGUGGAAAAAGUUUUUUUCAAAGCCCAAAGCUUACUCUGCAUGAGAGAAUUCAUACUGGAGAGAACUCCUACAACUGUGAAGCAUGUGGCAAAGGUUUUCGUUACAGAUCAAACCUUUUGAUACACAAGAGAUUUCAUACAGUAGAAAAACCCUACAAAUGCGAAGAAUGUGGCAAAGUUUUUAGUGAAAGAGCAGGCAUUACUGUACACCAGGGAAUUCAUACUGGAGAGAAGCCCUGCACAUGUGAGGAACGUGGCAAUGGUUUUAACCAAAGAUCAUCUUUUAAGGAACACCAGAAGAUUCAUACAGGAGAGAGGCCUACACAUGUGAAGAAGUGGCAAAGGUUUUAAAUGUAGAUUAUAUAUUAAGAAACACCAGAGAAUUCAUACUGCAGAGAAGCCCUACAACUGUGAAGCAUAUGGCAAAGGUUUUCAUUACAGAUCAAACCUUUUGAUACACAAGAGAUUUCACACUGGAGAAAAAACCCUACAAAUGCAAAGGAUGUGGCAAAGGAUUUAAGCAAGGAGCACAUCUUAAAGAACACCAGAAAAUUCAUUCUAGAGAGAAGUCCUACAAAUCUAAAGAAUGUAACAAAACUUUUAAUGAAAUGCAAAAACUUAUUCAUACUGGAGAGAAACCCUACCAAUGUGGAGGAUGUGGUAAAGCUUUUAAUCAAGAAUCCUACCUCAUUUACUACCGGGGAAUUCAUAUAGGAAAUAAUCCCUAAACAUGUGGAGAAUGUGGCAAAGGCUUUCAUUACAGAUCAAACCUUACUGUACACCAGAGAAUUCAUACUGGAGAGAAGCCCUACAAAUUUGGAGAAUGUGGCAAAGGUUUUUGUUGAAAAACAAACCAUAAUAGCCAUCAAAGUAUUCAUAUGGAGAGAAGCCUUACAGAUACAAAGAAUGUGGUGAAUGUUUUUCUCAAACAUGGCAACUUAAAGUACACCAGAGAACUCAUUCUGCAGAGAAACCAUAGAACUGUAAAGAAUGUGGCAAAGCUUUUAGUGAAAGAUCAAAGCUUGCUGAACACCAGAGGGUUCAUACUGAAGACUGGCCCUACACAUGUGGUGAAUGUGGCAAAGGUUUUUCUUACAGAUCAAACUUUAUUCAACACCAGAAAAAUCAUGCUGGAGAGAAGCCCUAGCAAUGUGAAGAAUGUGGGAAAGGUUUGAAGUAAAGAGCACAUCUUGAAGAUCACCAGAAAAUUCAUACUGGAGAGAAGCCCUGCAUAUGUGAAGAAUGUGACAAAAGUUUUAAAGGUCAUAUUUUAAGAAACAUAAGAAAAUUCAUACUGAGAGCAGCCCUACAAAUGUGAAGAAUGUGAUAAAGCUUUUUGUUGUAGGUCAGUACUUGCUCACCAGAAAGUUCAUACUGGAGAGAAACCCUACAAAUGUGAAGAAUGUGGCAAAGGUUUUAUCCAAAGAUUAUACUUUAUUGACCACCAGAGAAUUCAUACUGGAAAGAAGACAUAGCAUUGUAAAGAAAAUGGCAAAGGUUUUGAUUGAAGUUCAUGCUUUACUCUACAUCAAAAAAUUCAUACUGGAGAAGACCUUUGUAAAUGAAACAUUUUGCCAGUGACUCUAAGGAUGUUUAAACCGUUAUUCCACACCAGAGGAAUUAUAGCAAGUAGAAAUAGAAAUGUUAAAAAAAGUGAAAAAUUUCCCAACAGUUGUUUAUUCACACCUUAUUCCACCCCUGAAAAUUUAUACUUUGAAAAUAUAAGUGGAAAAAUUAUCACAAAACUUUUAGUCAUCAAACAUUACUAAGAAUUGAAGAAUUCAUAGUGCAUACAAACCCUAAAAUUGUAAGUAAUGUGUCCAAGCCAUUAAUCAAAUUUCAAAUAUUCUUCAAAAUAUGAAAUUUCAUACCUGUAGUGAACGUGGAAUAACAUUUGUCCAAAAUAUAUACCAUUGAUAACAAAAUACUUAAAAUAAAAAUCCUUUUCAAACAUAAAAAAAUAAAAAUAAAAAAAGAACACUGUGUUUUAAGUGUCCUCCAUAGAAAAGUUGACACGUCUCUGACACACUUUUUAUUUGGGGGGUAUUAUUUAUAGGGAAUUACAGCAGGUAUGGGAUAGUGAAAUAAGAAGUCUUCAAUCCAUUUUAUUCUUUUCCUCAUUUUUGUGAAUAAGGAUAAGAUAGUUAUUCCAAGUGCAGAUGUUUCCCACUUGUAUGAAUGGAUGCUGGGUGUCGCCUGCUGCUUGCAUGUGUGCAUAUUAUGCUUGACACUAAUAUUGUACUUGAUGAAUGGCAGGAAGUCAUUACUGAAGUUGAGCUCUUAUUUUCUAGCAGCUGGGCUCAAGAUCCUUGGUGUGCCUUCUGCAGUUCUGGCUGCGCUCUUCAAGUUCUUCAAGGUGACUUCCUGGUCAUCAGAAUCAUG